AUGGAGCAGUGCUCUUGCCUCUGCCGCGUGGGCUCUUCGCGGGGAUGUCGGUGUCCUCAGAAGCGCAAGCGCCCAUCUGAGACAGCAGUGGCCAAGGGCAAGCGGUGUUGUCAGGAGUGCCAGGGCCCAGCUGAGAAGGCAGCAGCUGAAGGCAAGCCAGCCCUGGCAGAAAAGCACCUCGAGGCGGACGUGGCAGGGCGGUGCUGUGCGGGGAGUGGAGGAAUCUCGAGCCCCAUGUUGCCCCCACACUUCUCAUUGCAGGACCUGCCUCCCGAGCUGCUAGUGGAGAUCUUCGCCUCGCUCCCCGGCACCGACCUGCCCAGCCUGGCCCAGGCCUGCACCAAAUUCCACCACAUCCUGCACAUUGACAGCAUCUGGAGACGGCGCUGCCGGGAGGAGUUUGGCGUUCCUGAAAGCUUGCCGAACCAGCAGUGCCGGGGCCCAGCUGAGAAGGCAGCAGCUGAAGGCAAGCCAGCCCUGGCAGAAAAGCACCUCGAGGCGGACGUGGCAGGGCGGUGCUGUGCGGGGAGUGGAGGAAUCUCGAGCCCCAUGUUGCCCCCACACUUCUCAUUGCAGGACCUGCCUCCCGAGCUGCUAGUGGAGAUCUUCGCCUCGCUCCCCGGCACCGACCUGCCCAGCCUGGCCCAGGCCUGCACCAAAUUCCACCACAUCCUGCACAUUGACAGCAUCUGGAGACGGCGCUGCCGGGAGGAGUUUGGCGUUCCUGAAAGCUUGCCGAACCAGGUGAGGAGGGGUAUGUCUUAUCGAGAAGUCUAUACGAAGCUGUUCCACCCAUACAGACACAUUUUGGGAUUGUGGCAGCUAGAUACUGAGGACUAUAGAACACUGCUGAAUGUCGUGGUGGACGGCUUAUGCAUUACUAGCUGGACGUGCUGGCCUCCCCUUAACACCGAUGUGGAUGGCCCAAUGGAAUUCGAGCCCUUGUUUAGAAUUCGCCUGACGGAGUGGAAAUUAGCCAUGGUGGAGUACUACGUGGACACCUUCUACAGCUUUUCCCACAAAUGCCACCUGCAGAUUCAGAAGGACAGGUUUAGCCUCCAGUGGUUCAAGAGAGACCACCAAAAGGACAGGCUGCCGUAUCACUGCCUGACCUACCGCCGCCUCCACCUCCCGCCGAGACACCCGGACGACCUCAUCAGGCCAGGCCUCUUCCAAGGCAAAUACGAUGCCGGCGGCCCAACGAUUGCCAUGCUCAGCUUCCAUGGGAAGUAUGCCAGGUUCACAAAGGUCACGGGAUUCCCCAUCGCGACCUUACAAAUCCACCUCAUGCGCCGCAUCCAGCCGCCAGAUGGCGAGAUCUUCCGCAACUUCAACGAGCUCUACCGCCUGGUCCAGGAGAUUGACGAGCAGGUGAUCCGGGAGCAGCAGCAGCAGCAAGAAGGGACUGAGGAAAGUGAGGGCCAUGCCCAGCCCAGCGUCGGAGAGUCCGGGGCUGCAGCUUCGGAGGAGCAGCCUGUCCCGUUUGUUCUGCCUGUGGGCGUGCGCUCUAUAGACCAGAACUACCCUGAAACCUGCAGGAUGUGUUUCUAUGGCGUGGAUGACUUCGCCUACACCAGGCGCUGCCUUGCAGUCUUCAUCCUGUUCGAUGAGAACCACUUCGGGUUCAUCUGGCUGGAGGCGAAAGAGUUCUUCCUGUUCGGCAGAGUCCAGAACACCUUCCAGAAUGCGGAGGCACCAUCCCCGCAGGCCUUCCUGGAGAUGCUCAAGGACGUUCAUUCGAACCUCCUGGAGAAGCAGCUUCGAAACAUUUUGAAGAAUUGA